UCUGUUGAGUAUAAAGUAGCUCCAACGAAGGGGCGUUUACGAGAGCAAAACACACCCUCGUUGAUCUUCAGUAACGCCUCUCAUAGCAUACCUCGAUGCUCCCCACUUAGCUGUGUCUGAAUCGUGGUUGUGGUGGAAGGAAAAAGUUGGUUCGGAGCCUGCAUCAGGAUGGUUGGUUAGUCCACUCUCAGAGCUCGUCUUGCCAAGAGGUCCCACACACACACUUUUACGAACAUUCAAGUUUUUAUUCACUGCUCCAGUAUUGACGAUAAUUGUCCAAUCAUUUUGGACUUUAAUUGUGGGACUAGCAGUGGUGAGAGAUAUUCUCAGUGUGGAAAAUAGUGUUGUGAAUUGCCUUAAUGGCAUGUAAAGUGACAGACACUGAUAAUAAUCAGUAUAAACAGUGAUUUAAGUCAGCAUAAACAAUUGAUAUUAUUGAUAUUUGAAGGACUAGUAAGAAUGACAGUGCUCAGGAUGACCAGCUCACCAGUGACGCCUCCGUCGACAAGUCCUAAUACACCUGAUCAAGCUCAGGUUGAACCGUCAUCAAGACCAACUCAAAGACUGAGUUUUUCUGUAGCAGCAUUGCUAGCUGAUACGAAAAAAACGAGAGUUGAAACAAUGUGUCCAGUUGAACCGUCCAAAACAUCAGUAGGAUACCCAUCUCCUAGUUCAUCUCCAAUUCCCAUAUCAUAUUCACCUGCUCAGCAUCAUCAUCAACGAAUGAACCAAUCAUAUGGUGCUUUAGAUAUGAUAACAAAAACUCAAUACACUCGUACACAUUCACCAGACAGUAAUUGUAGUGAUUCUAGAACUACAAGUUCACCAGUGAAACAUACUGAAACAAGUCAUUCAGUAGUUGGUCUACCAGAUUACAAAUGUUUAUCCGACGCUUCAACUAUUGAUAGUGUAUCAAAAAACAGAACCUCCCUAUCACUCAACACUUCAAUAGCCAUUCCAGAUGCUCGUUCACAGUCACCAGAAAGUCAUCAAGAAGAACGGCAAUCAAGAUGUUCAGAGUUGGACAUGGAAGAUGAGGAUGAAGGUUGUUUAGUUGAUGUUGAAGAUUUGGAGCAUCAUGAAUCAACAAGCCCAACGCCUGUAAGACCCAUGCCUGCUUAUGUUGGUGGGUUUUCUACACUGGGAUCAAUACUUGGACUGCCAGCAAGCCUUCAUCCAGCUGUUUGGGGUGGUGCUGGACCACACAGAUCCGUUGCUGCUGUCGCGGCAGCCAGUUAUUUCCCUUCACACUUCUCUCAUCAUGCCCCACUCAAUGAACAUGGUGAACCAGCUAAAAUAAAGUGCAAUUUGAGGAAACAUAAGCCCAAUCGAAAACCUCGAACUCCAUUCACGACUCAACAGUUGCUUGCUCUUGAGAAAAAAUUUCGGGAAAGGCAGUACUUGAGUGUUGCUGAAAGAGCUGAAUUCUCUUCAUCUCUACAUCUCACUGAAACUCAGGUAAAAAUUUGGUUUCAAAACAGACGAGCCAAAGCAAAACGACUGCAGGAAGCUGAGAUUGAAAAAUUGAGGAUGUCAGCAGUAAGACAACAUCAUAAUACUUUAUAUGGUGCUCAUCAUGGACUCCUUGGACCUGCAGCUCUUUAUCCCGUCGGUAUGUUGUCCCAUCCUGCUGCGAUUUCACCACAUCACGCAGUUGCACCUCAUCCUGCAAGAGAAUGAACUCACGCUGCUGAUUAAUUCUGUGUAAAAGUACAGUUUUUGCCAAAACCACAUGAAGAAGGAAGCAUCACUUGGUGCAAAGCUAAAUAAAAAGAAAAAAAUAUCACAAAGUGAUCAACAAAAAGGAUCAAGUGAUGAAGACUUGUGGUGAAAAAUAAAAAAAAAACAUCAAUUAAAGUUGAAUGAUAUUUGCAAUGUGACAAUUGUUGAGUUUUAUUAACUCCGAAGUUAUAAUAUUUGUAAAUAGACAUAUCAACAUGUUGUAAAUAAUAUAUUGAUAAGAGGAAAAUUAAGUUAUGUUUACGGAUACCUCAUUAUACCAGUUGUAAAUAGGCCAUUCUGAUAUUACCAUUAAGGACAUCAUCACAGAGAAACUUGUGGCAAAAGUUGCCAACUAUUAUCUCGUACACCUUUCACAGUCUAUCUCAUUUCUUUUGUAUAAAUGUACAAGUUGUUAGUACGUAAGAUAAACAUUAGGUUAUAUUUAAAUAAAUCCU